AUGCCUCAUGGAAACGGCACCCUCACAUGCGACAAAGGGCAGAUCCUAGGUCAAUUCGAAGUCGAGGGAGCCCAAUACAUUUUCGUGGGCAAGCUGAGCACCUUCACCCAGUCUUUUUCUGUUACCAGUGCCGACGUCUCCCUCGAGUCAGUCGAUCAGCUACAGCUCCAGCCUGAAGACUUUGAAGAAAUACCCAUUGAGAAGGAUUGUUUCCAGCUCCGACUCAUGAAUGGGGUUGCGAUCACCGGCGGCUUUGAUAUGCCCUUCACCGAGGCAGAAGUGAAAAAGGGGGUUGCUGGAGGGGUUGGAAAAUGGAUGAAGCUGUGA